AUGACUUUGAAAAUUCACAAAAAUGAUCUCAUAAUGAUAAAAUCUCAAUUGUCGCUUAAUGAAUAAGAGUUUUCAUAACUCAUCAGUGAAUUUGGCAACUCUUAUUUAAUCUAUAAUAACAAUGAAGAAAACAAGCAAUAAUCAAAAGAUUCAUUGAGAAAGAGAGGUAGAAAGAAAGGUUCUAAAAAUAAGGUGAAGAUCGACUCCUAGAUUAUUAUGAAAUCAGACAGUGAAACCUCAAAUUCAAGAAAAAGAGGGCCACCCAAAAAGCUAACUCAGCAAUAGAUAAAUUAAUUGACAGCUAUUUAGCUUGUUUGCUAUAGAUACACUAAAUUCGCUUGCUAGUAGUUCCUUAGGAAUGAAGUUUACUACAAUCUCCUAAGAGCUGCAAAACCAUUCAUUUUGAAAUUAGACAAAACAAAUAUUAAAAUGAUAGAGCAAGUAUUAAAUAAAAUGCUUGAGCUUGGCUUGAAACUAAGAAAUAACCAAUUCGGAUUAGUCUGA